ACUCUAGCGCAAGAAAGAAGAAAAUAACCCGUCGCGAUGGUAACUACUGACUAGUGACGAGUGAGAAAGAAGAAACCCCCCCUUACGAAUUUUCCAAUUCCUGAUAGUUAAUCUUUCAUUUGGAGCGAGAGAAGAAAGAAAGGAAAGAAGAUGAAUGAGCAGCAGGGUUACAUGGAGGUGCGCAGCACCGGCACCAAGAAAGAGGAGUACGACCUAGAAUCAGGGGAGACCCUAUAUCCAGGUCUCAGCGUCGGAGAGAACCAGCUUCGAUGGGGCUUCAUACGCAAGGUCUAUGGAAUCCUCUCUGCCCAGAUCCUUCUCACCACCAUCGUUUCCUUCAUUACCGUCUUCUACUCUCCCAUCAACGAUCUCCUCAGGGGCACUUCUGCCCUACUCUUCAUUGUCUUUCUCCCCUUCAUCUUCUUGUUCCCUUUACUCAAGUACCAGCAAAAGCAUCCCCAUAACUACAUCUUGCUUGGACUUUUCACCUUGUCUAUAAGUUUGACUGUCGGAGUUACUUGUGCAAACACAGAUGGAAAAAUUGUCCUUGAAGCAUUGAUUUUGACCUCAGCAGUGGUUUCCUCUCUAACGGGCUAUGCUUUCUGGGCUUCCAAGAAGGGCAAGGAUUUUAGCUACCUUGGUCCAAUAUUGUUCACUUGUCUCUUUACUCUGUUCUUGACUGGAAUGAUGCAGAUGUUCUUCCCUCUUGGGCCUACAACCAAUGCUAUCAUUGGUGGAAUCAGUGCUAUGAUAUUUUCUGGUUAUAUUGUAUACGACACUGACAACCUGAUCAAGCGAUUUACCUAUGAUGAGUACAUUGGGGCUUCAGUCACUCUUUAUCUUGACAUACUGAACCUGUUCCUUUCCAUCUUGAGGGUGCUGAGACAGGGAAAUAAUUAAAUUAGUAAUACUGUGUACAUUGAAUUCGAGUAAAAAAUCAUAGGAACUAGCUCCCUUGUUGCUUCUCUAUGAUACAGUGGGAAGUUAGCAUUAUAAAGAAUAAAGAUAUUCUAUUCCUUUACAGCUCACAGUACUUGGUGACGAGGAAAGUUGUAUGCUUGCUAUUGGAUAUGUGUGAAAAAAGUAUCUACUAUGCCAAUUUGUUCUUUCA